UGUUAUUUUUUAUUAUUAGUAUUAUAUUGUUAUAUUGCUUAGCACAGUUGCAUACUCCGGUUUUACUAGUUCUCGCACAACUGAAAUGUUAAUCAGGAGAUUGCACUCAUCCAUUCAAUCAUUUGGAAAAAUAGUGCCAAGCAAUCUAAAGGGAAAGAAAAAAAGCUCCCAAGAAUGGCUUACUCGUCAGCUGAACGAUCCCUAUGUAGAACGAGCCAAAAUAAUGAAUUACAGAUGCCGUAGUGCCUUUAAAUUAUUAGAAAUAGAUCAGAAGUAUUCUCUCAUAAAACCAGGUUUCACUGUUGUCGAUUGCGGCGCAGCCCCAGGAUCAUGGUCGCAAGUGGCUGUGAAACACUCGAAUGCUGAUGGAAGUAAACAAGGGAUGCCAAAGGGAAUGGUUAUCGGGAUUGAUCUGUUACAGAUAUAUCCCAUUGAGCAUGCCACACUAUUUGGAAACAUGGAUUUCACGAAACCUGAGAAUCAAGAUAAAAUUCGUGCUCAGCUGGGGGAACGACGCAUCGAUUGCAUACUCUCGGAUAUGGCGCCGAAUGCAACAGGAGUACGCUACCUGGAUCAAGAAAAUAUCAUAACCCUGUGCUACUCGGUGCUCCGGUUUGCAAUUCUUAUGUCGUCGCCGAAUGCGUCGCUAUUGAUGAAGGUUUGGGACAACGCUGAGGUAUCUGUACUGGAGAAAAACAUCCAAAAGUACUACACGCAUGUCAAACGAAUAAAGCCAAGUGCCAGUCGGAGCGAUUCAGCUGAGAAUUUUCUGCUGGCCCGGGGUUUUGUGGGUAUUGAACGGUAGUACGAAUUAGGUGAGAAUCUCCUAUUAGCCGUUUGAGUCAAUAGAAUAGUCCACAAUGCUA